CUGUUUUCGAGUUUAUCUCAAGUGAAUAAUACAAAAAUUUAAAAAUGUGGAAUUGCUUUAUAAUUGUUCUCAGUUUGUUCUGCAUCACUGCUCAUUCUCAAACUGAAGACAAAUCUGUUAUCAUCAUUGGAUCUGGUUUAAGUGGAUAUGCAGCAGCCAGAAGAUUAAUUGAAAAUGGCUUUACUGACAUUAAAAUAUUGGAAGCUCUUGAUCGUACUGGCGGUAGAAUUUAUUCAGUUCCAUUUAGUGACGGAUUUGUUGACUUAGGAGCUCAAUGGUGCCAUGGACAAACCGGAAAUAUCAUUUAUGAAAUGACAUCUCCUCAUUUCGCAUUUGGGUCGACACCAUUUGAAACUGUUGAUCCAUACUUUAGAUUUUCUGAUGGAAGCUUGCCUGAACAAGACAUUUAUGUUAAACUUUAUGGUGAAGGAUAUAAAAUUAUUCAUUCAAUUGACAGAGUUACAACACCAAAUGUACCAUUCGGAGAUCUGUUUAUGCAAAAAUUUAAUGCUGUUCUUGCUACAACGACUUACCAAAAUAUUAAUCCAGAAGUUGUAAAGUAUGUAAAAGCUGAAUUAGUUAAGAACGUUAUGGGAUUCUUUGGUGCCAACUCAUGGAACGAUAUAUCUCCAAAAGUCAACAAUGAGGAAGAAAAGGCUGGUGGAGAUCAGCAUUGCACAUGGAAAAAGCAAGGAUUCCAAACUUUCAUCAAUUAUCUUACAAAAAAAUCACCAAAUCCAUCCGAAAAUUUGAACAUUGACGCUAAAGUCAUUCUCAACAAGAAAGUAACCAACAUCCAAUACAAUAAAGAUGAUGCAGCUGGCCAAGUCACAGUCAAUUGUGCUGAUGGAACUUCAUACACUGCAACCCAUGUCAUCGUCACUCCAAGUCUUGGAUACUUGAAAGCACAUUACAAGACUCUUUUCACCCCAGCACUGAGUGGACCAAAGGCUGUCGAAAUUGAAAGUAGAGGAGUUGGAAAUUUGGGGAAAUUCUUCAUGAAAUUUGCUACACCUUUCUGGGUUUUGGAUAAUGAACCUUUUUUGGGAAUUGAAGGAAUGUGGUUAGAUGCAGAUAAGCAAGCAGCUAUUGCAGACGGAAGAGAAUGGUUAUUAGGAAUCGUUGCAGUUUACGGUGUUGAAUCGUUUCCUGACUUGCUUGAAGUCUUCCUCGCUGGAGAUUAUGUUGGAACAUUUGAAAAUACAGACACUGAGAAGGUCAUUGCUGAUAUCACAUGGUGGCUUGAGAAAUUUGCUCCAUACAUGAAACCAGUUCCCAGACCAUUAGCUGUUGCUAGAACUAAAUGGAUGACUCAUGAAUUCUUCUUGGGAUCUUAUUCCUACCCAUCAAUGGCUGAAGAACAGAACAAUGUCAGAACAUCUGAUCUUGCUGCUCCAAUCAUCAAUAUUGAUGAAAAACCAAUUUUGCUGUUCGCUGGAGAAGCAACGGAUUCAAAAUUUCCAAGUAUGGCACAUGGUGCUGUCAACAGUGGCUUCAGAGCUGCAACUGAAAUCAUUGAAUAUUAUCAAGCUUAAAAAUUUAAAAUUUUGUAGUUUCGCAAACUUAAUUUAAAUUAAUAUUCAAAUCUCUUUCAGUGAUUAAAAUAUUAAAAAUGUGUGGAACAUUAACUUUACAAUGAACUUCUUACUGUAAAUCAGUCGUUAAAAUUUAUUAGUGAUUAUAUUGAUUUCUGCUUAAUUUGCGAUUCCAUUGAUCUGUAUCACAAUAAAAACUUAAUGUUCGCAAUAAAAAAAUGUAUCAUUAAUUAAUGAGCUUUUCAGUUAAAG